AUGUCCUCGGCUAACAAACUGGCGCCGGCAGCGGCGGCCGGGUUCAAGGACGCAUCGGCCUACGACGAGCACAGGCCGGCGUACCCAGGCGAGGCGGUGCAGAAGCUGCUGGAGCACAUGGGGCUGGAGGACCGCGCCCACGCGAGGGUGGUCGAGGUGGCGGCGGGCACGGGCAAGUUCACCGAGGCGUUGGCGGCGCGACACGAGGCGUUCGAGGUCCGCGCCGUCGAGCCGCACCCCGACAUGCGGCGGGAGCUCGAGGCGAAGAAGUUGCGCGGCGUCAGUGUUGCGGACGGGAGUGCGCAGGACAUGAGGGGGGCGGUCCCGGAGGGCGAGUGGGGGGAUGGGUGUGUUGUCGCGCAGGCUUUUCACUGGUUUGCUACGGAGGAGGCGCUUGAUGAGAUCUAUCGGGUCCUGAAGGAGGGGGCUGUGCUUGGGAUGAUCUGGAAUAUUGACGACUACAACAAACCCAAGUCCUGGGCGGCGUCAACAGCCUGGGCGCAGCACCUCAACGACUGGGUGCACAGCCUCGCGGUGCGCGACAACAACCCGCGGUUCCGCGACAUGGCCUGGCAGCACGUCUUCGCGGCGCAGAUCAAGUCGAACCCGGUGCAGGUGCUCCGCGACACGCUCACCAACAGGCUGCCGCGGUUCUCGGUGCCCAUCGGGCAGGACAGCGUCGAGUGGACGCACUGGCUGGGCGAGGACGCGCUGUGGCGGCGCAUCAACACCCUCAGCCACGUCGCUAUGCUUCAGGGGAAGGAGAGGGAGGAAGGGGAGAGGGUAUUCCGUGAGGCUAUGGCCAUGCCGGAUGUGGUCAGGAAUGAGAAGGGUGAGGUGGAGUGUCAUGGGCAGACCUAUAUCGCUUGGACGGAUAGGAUGUAG